CUCUACGCGCGCGCGUCCUAGUGUGUAAAGUGUGGUGCCGCUGGCGGAAGGUGCGUCUUUUGGCUUGUGGUCGCGUUGUCUGUACUGGUCUGACCGCCGAUCGCAUUGGCCGAAGAGACAAGCGCGGACAUCUACGCCAUUUUGGGUUGCAUCUCGGAGCAAAAUCAGAAGCAGCCAUGGUGACCGUCAAGGAAGCUGCCGACCGGGCCGAGGCCGUCAUUGCGAACAUGCCCGAGAAAGCGCAGCUUGUGUUUGCCCUCCUGGAGCAGUAUACGGGUGUGAACAGAGCAUAUCUCGGCAUGGGUACGGCUGGCUUGUUUGCACUGUACAUGAUCUUUGGCUACUUUGCCCAGCUGCUGUGUAACCUUGUUGGCUUUGUCAUUCCUGCUUAUGCCUCCAUGCGUGCCAUAGAGUCCACAACAAAGGAUGAUGACACCAAGUGGCUCACUUACUGGGUGGUUUUCGCCUGCUUCUCAGUGGUGGACUUCUUUGCAGACAACAUCUUGCGCUUCUUUCCCUUCUACUGGCUGGCUAAGAUCAUCUUUCUUGUCUACUGCUUCGCUCCCACAAAUCCAAACGGAUCUGUUCACAUCUACAACAAGAUCAUUCGUCCAGUCUUUUUGCGCCACGAGACCUCUGUCAACAAAAUGGCUUCAGAAGCCGGGGCUGGGAUCCGGACUGUACUGCAAAAAGCUGCCUCUUCUGCUACGAAGAAUGAGUGAACCCGUCUUUCAAGCACUUCUCUCCUUUGUUGUCGCGUUGGGUGGCCACAGCUUCUUAUUUUUCAGUGGCUAGCCUCUGGUGGCAGGUGGCGCCCAGCAUUGUCACCCCAAGGUACACUCCGGCAUCAUGUUUUAUUAAAAAUGUGCUUUGCCAAUUCA